AUGGACACAGAAUAUUCGAAGAGAGUGUACCAGGGCGUCCGAGUCAAGCACACAGUCAAAGACCUGCUGGCGGAGAAACGAUCCCGACAGACAAAUGGGCCGAGAUACAGCGGAGGAUCCACCACUCCGCCUUCGUUUGUCCAGAUGCCAGGGUCCCACAUGCUGCCCAGCUACUACGGCAUGAGACGGCCCUUCAUCUCUGACUCAGACUUCUGCCCAUCCUCCAAGCAGUUCUCCCCUGACAUGUAUUCUUCUACCCUCGGGGGUAAACCUCUGGGCUGUGAGCCCUCCACCAUGAGCAGCUACUCCUCCCUCAUCGACAGCUACUACCCAGAAACCUUCGGUGACUACCGCAGCGCCGCCACCUUCUCCAGCUCUGGAGGGUCCUUCCUGCCCUCAUCAGCCCUCACCUCACUGCUGCCACCUUUCAGCGGAGAGUCCUCCCAUUUUCUUCUGAGAGACUCAUGGGAGCAGUCAGUGGCAGAGCCAGUAACUCAGGUGGAGGCUCUCUGUCCAGACAGCCUGGCCUCCGUCAGCGUCCCCCCCUCCAUGCCCAGCCCGGAGCCCCCAGGGAGCCCCUCUCAGUACCGCUCCCCCAGCCGAGGCUCCUCCUCCAUGGGCCCCGUCUCCAGCAGCCAGCCCUACACCCUGCACCCCCUGGAGGACGCCCACUACCACCCUCUGACCAGCAGCAGCUCCUACCCCCUCCCCGCCUCCUCCUUCACCUGCCCUCCCUACAUGAGCAGCCCCGUCAGCGACCUGGUGUCCAAGAUGGUGACGGAGGAGGCGGCUGACGGCCACAGCAGUCUGUCCAGCAGCACUGACGCUCACUCCUCCUGGGCCAAGGAGGACGGGGUGAGCGCCUGGUCGCCCUACGAGCUCAGGAGGGCCUACUGACUGGACGACUGGGUCCAAAUUUAGAGGAAGAUUGAGUUAUCACAGACAAUUCUACAGUAAACCCAACAAACACUUGGCAACCUGAUGUAAACUUGGAGGCUUUUUCUUUUUGUUUUGGACAAUUUAAUGUCAGUUUGUUAACUGUGAUUUCUAAGGGAAAAGAAUCUAGUUUACUGUGUUGGUAGAGAUGUGGCAGCGUCGGUGGACAAGCUGUCCUAUCUGAUGUGUGAGGAGGCUCCUACUUAUUUGCAAAAAAGCAAAAAAAAAAAAAAAGGUGUCUUUUUUGUUUGCUUGUUCCAUUUGUAUGUUAAAGAGUGGGCAGUGUGGAUGUUACAGGAAACAAAGGUCAUGAUAAGCAUGAUCUUGUCAGACUCACUAAUUCUACAUUCCAUAUGUUGGUUAAAGUUCUUCCUUAGACUGAAACCCAUUCCUUAUAAUAGUCUGAGCUCUCUAUUUUUGACUCUAUUUAUAUAACAGUCUGUUUAUUUAACACGCACACAAACAUAUGUACAGAGGUGGAAGCAGUGGUCGAUUUUAACAUGUAAGUAACUGAUUAUGA